ACUGCCAUAUUUAUCUUUCAAAAGUCCGAAAGUCCGGACUCCACAAAAACAGUUGCGGAAAGGAGGGAAAUGCCAAUGGGCAGUCCCUCCAUUUCCCUCCGCUUCACCAUCUUCCUUUCUCUUUCUUUAGCAGCUUCUUCCUCUUCUCCUUCCUUCAUCUUCAAUCCCACAUCCCCAUCCCCUUUAAUCCCCAAAGCGACGCCGUCCGAUUUGCUCUCUCUCCUGGGUCCACCGUCUGAGUCUUCCUCAGUUAACCCUUUAGUCGCCACUGAACUCAAAUCCUGUUUCAAAUUCCUCGUACCCUUCACUCCAAUCAAUACCCAACAAUCCCCACACUUCAAAUUCCUUUCUUAUAGACGGUCCCUUCUUAAAAGCCAAAGAGAUGAGGAAAAUGAGCUCAUUUGGUGGCCUCCUGAACCGGUUCUCGAGCUGGCCCGUCUCGCUGUUGACUCUGGUGGUGACCCUGGUUCAAUUCAUCGCGCUCUUGAUCCAACCGUCUUGCCUGUGCCUGAUGUUGAAGGAUCAAAGGAAAAUAAAUGUCAGUUAACCAGAACGCCCUACGGCAGACGCUUCAUUUGUCAGGAGUUGAAUUCAUAUCUGGAAUACUUGUUUAAACUUAUUGUUGAGAGGGGUUCUGCUGUUGGAUUGGAAGUUUCAUUAAAUCGAUAUGAUUUGUUUCAUGGUCACCUUUUCAUUGCCCCAGAGUCUGGAAGGCUUGGCAUAUUGUUUCAUGCUAAAGAAUACCCAGCAUAUGAUAAAGAAGUGUUUCCAUGCAACAUGGGUUAUUGCCAGAAGGGGUCCAACGUGACUUAUGAUGAUUCGAUGAACUUGAGAAACAUUCUCUGGCUUGCUCCAUUGCCAAGCAAUUCCACAAAAGGUUGGAUGGCUCCAGGUGUCUUGCUUGUCCUGGAUGCACGUCCGGAAGGAAUCAUAUAUAGGGAUCUCAUACCUGAGUAUGUGAAUUUUGCAAGGACAAUUUAUGAAGAUGAUCUGGGCAAUGUUGUGGUGGAUGUAAACUAUUUGAACAUUGGAGAUCCACUGCCUGAUUAUCAGAUUUUCAUUUGUUGAUUCUUCCAAAGGUGGGAAAUUUCAGAUGAUCAUCAAAAUGGAUGUUGAGCCAAAGAUGAGCUUGAAAUCCGACUGUGUUCAAUAAUUGCUAAUAACACUCAACUGAUUCACACAAUCAAAAACGGUGUGCAUUAUGCAGCAGAGAAAACCUUAUGGUUGAGCGUGGAUGCUGGAGCCUGGAUGCUCUAAAUGACUUGCCGAUGUUCUGACUUUUGGGAUACCAAGUUUACAUUAUUAGACUGCUGAUAUAUUGUUUAAUAAAACAUAAAAAUAAAAAAAAAAAACCCCAGUUUUUAGUUUAAUGUUCCAUUGUCUACCAGAUUGUUGCUUGAUAGAAAUAAAUAUGGAAAUUAUGAGAUUUGAAUGCAUAAUUUCCUUGUUCAUGUUCU